GUGGCUGGCGGCAUUUCAGGGACGGUAGCUGCGGUGCUGACUUUACCCUUUGACGUGGUGAAGACCCAACGCCAGGUCGCACUGGGAGCGAUGGAGGCUGUGAGAGUGACACCCCUGCACGUGGACUCCACCUGGCUGCUGCUGCGAAGGAUCCGGGCUGAGUCAGGCACCAGGGGACUCUUUGCAGGCUUCCUCCCCAGGAUCAUCAAGGCCGCCCCCUCCUGCGCCAUCAUGAUCAGCACUUACGAGUUUGGCAAAAGCUUCUUCCAGAGGCUCAACCAGGACCGGCCCCUGGGCCGCUGAAGGGGAGUGAAGCAAGGACCCUGUCUUUCCACGGAUAGGGCGAGCAGGAAGAGGAGACUGAGCCAAGUGCCUUUUCCUCAGCAUGGAGGGGAGGGCUGUUUCCCUUCUCUCUUGGUGACAAGCCCCGGGGGAUAGGGCUGCCCUAGGGGCCGCCCAAGCCAUCCUCAGACACAGCUUUCUCCCCACUCCUGAGGAUCACAACUUUCCCCCUCUCCAAGUUCAAGACCAAAUCUGCUGUCUGUCCCCCACACCCCUGCUUUGUGUUUCCCUUUGUGUUUGCUGUAGCUGGGCCUGUCGCCAGGAGCCCAGAAACCCUGGGCCUGGCUUAGUCUCUCUCACCCCUGUUAAUUCCUUAAGUCUAAAGAUGAUGAACUUGUG